AUGACGACGAUGCCGCAUUAUGUUGAAUUUGACCCCGAUGGCGAGGUUGUUUUGAUUCUAUACAACAUGGCUGAAGACCGAGAUCAAGAUACGCGGAAGACUCCUUCAGAGAGUACGACCAAAGCUGAAACUUCGGCUGAUGUAGUUGACGGCACUCAGCCUGAUGAGAUUUGA